AUGCGUUUGCAUCGGGCGCGGCUGCACCAAUCCUUGAGCCGGCAACUCGAGAGUCCGUCUGACUGGGAGCGAUUCUCCCAGGCGUGGCCUGCGCCCACCCAUCCGUUCGCGCGCAUCGUGAGGACCCAUGAUGACCACAGGGCCCUGCAGCCCAUUCACCGUCCCGCAGAUAAUGGACGGGGGAUGACCAGGCCCGGCGGGCUAGAGCGCGGAGAGGGACGAGGAUGCUGCACAACGGUCGUCGACGGGCGGGCACGAAUGUCUAGGGGGCCCUCCCGCUCUGCUGGAACGGGCUGGGGACUGGGAGGGAGAGGCCUUGCUGGCAGUCCCUGUCGCUCCAAAGCCAUCCCGCCCUCCUGGUCGCGGUGUGGUGGGUUGUCCCACUCCGUGAACCUUGCUCCUGAGUCUCUUCCCUUGUCUGGUUUCUGCCCGCAGAUUUGCCCGCCUGGCAGGCCUUCUCCGAGCACCUGGAGUGUGGCAAGGUACGGCGGGCGGGGAGGUCAAGAGGCCCUUGAUCCCGAACCUCCACAUCCCGUUCAGGGGAUAAUUGAUGGCCAACGCACGCUUUUUGUCGGAUGGUCUUUUUCGUGA